AGCAGAAAAAGAGAAAGGGGAAAGGAAUGCUCACCCAAUCAGGAGCGCUCUAAAACUUGUGAGGGGAGAGGGGUUUUUUUUCGGGUACGUGGUGCGCGUCUCAUCCGUUUUGAUCCAUUUUGUGGGCCCGGGUGGCGCUCGCGGAGCUCACAGCGGGGGUCGCAUUGUGCGUAUGCAAACUGGACGGCAUGGCCAUUGUAUGUGUUUGGUCAUAUAUGGAGGCAUCGGUGACUUGGAGGAUACAGCCUGUCUGAAGUCUCAGGGAGAGUCGCCCUCGGUUGCGCGCGCGCGUCUCUGUGUGUGUGUGUGUGUGUGUGUGUGUGUGCGCGUCUCUCUCUCUCGCGCUCGCUCCCUCGCGUUCGACUUGCUUUUUCCUCUCCGUCGCUAUGAGUUGUCUGGAUGUGAUGUACCAUCAGAGCUAUGGAGCGCACUACCUCCCGGCGGCAGCGUACAAGGCAACUUACUACAACCACCAUCACCAGCCGCAACAGAGGAAGCUGAGUGUUUACACUAAGGUGCAGGAGUGUAUGGAGCCACAGCAGCAGCAAGUGGGAGGAAGAGGGAUGCUGUCCAGGGACCAGGGCCCGAGACAGGCUCCCGCAAGCGAGUCAGGCCGCAGGUCAACAUCUGAUCCGGACCUGAAGGACUGUGCUCAGCCAGCAGAGGCCGAGUACCUGAGCUCCAGGUGCGUCUUGUUCACCUACUUCCAAGGCGACAUCAGUGACGUGGUGGACGAGCACUUCUCGCGGGCCCUCAGUCAGUCCAGUGCCUUCAACAGCGAGAUGACCAAGCCUCAUAAAGUGACUCAGUCAUCCGCUUCCGCCGCUGCCGGCUCAUGGAAAGACGGCGGCGCUCUCUCCGAGGGUCAGAGCAGCCCGGUUUGGAGCGGCACCUAUCCGCCGCAGAGCGCCUCCUGCCUCCACCCAGACUUUUCCCCCAGCCCCGUCUCCUUCAACCACCCAGAGGGAGCCCUGUGGGCCGGCCACAUGCUCUCCCAGGCCGGCCUGCCGCCCCCCGCCGCCCUCCCGGACAGCUGGAGCUACAGCCUGAGCCCCCAGAGCGUGAGCGGCUACGCCAGCGUCCACGACAUCUACCACCCGCACCCGCACCCCCACCCCCACAUCCACGCCCGGCACCACCACCCGGUUCUGCAUUCGUACCCGGCCCACAGCCCCGCGCUGGACCCCAGGUUUAACCCGCUGCUGCUGCCUGCCGGUGUUAGGAGCCAGAACCAGAACCAGGCUGCCGCCAACACGGGCAGCUCCCCGAACAGUGAGGGGGUGAAGGCGGAGAUGGACCCGAGCAGCAGCAGCCCUGUAGGGGCUUCCUCUGUGGCCUGGACCCCCUCAGCUCUCCAUGGGUCUCUGGAGGUGUAUGACUCAGCUCUCGAUCAAACCAAAGCAAAGACAUCCGUCUGGUUUUAACUCUUCACACCAAAACGGACUACUACAGUACGUGGCUUUACCCAGCACUGAAAUGUAAAACAUAGAUAUUAGAACGCUAACGGCAUCUUAGACCCUCAGUCGUGCACUGUCCACUCGAUCUGACACGGAGAUGAACUCAGGCUUUGGACUUACACACUGAACACCUUGGCUGCAUGUCAAGGUCGUUGAGGAAUGACAAAAACAGACUACUAGCUACGAUGAGGAGAGGCCUUCUUCUUAUUCGUCGGCACAAUGAUGCAAUGUGAGACCAAGAGGUUCUGUUUCAAGAGCUUGAAUUUGAUCCACAUUUUCUUUUUGUACAGUAAAUGUUGUGUUUAUUUUGUCUAUGGCUUUUUUCUGCCAUGCUAAGUUGUUGUUUGCUGGAUGACUUUUGCUAAUUUGUGGCCCAACUGCUACUUUUACUGUUUUGCCUUUGGGUAACGUGUAGUGUAAAUACUGGUGGUGUUUGUUUAAGUAAUACAUUUGUUCAGAUGUAUCUGCGAAAUAAAAGUUCUUUCUCAGA